AGAUGAGGCUGUAUGGUGAAAAUGUGCUCAGGUGGAGAAAUGGGGGGAGGAGCGUGUGGCCAGAACGGGCUGGUGCUGGAGCCAAAGGAGAAGUAGGACUGAAUGCCCCCAAGCAACAAACUCCCUGCUGCCAGCUCAGCACCUCCUUAUCCACGUAAGCAGGAGCAGCUCCAGUGGUAACCUGCAGUAGUGGUGGAGCAGAACCCAGCACAGAUGGUCAGGGGAUUAUGGCAGCCCUGGAUUUGCCAUAAGCAAACAGUGAUGAUCCAGUGGGUGUUUUUCUUUUCCCACUAGGAGGAUCCCAAGGUCAUUCCAGGUCUUGGGUUGGGCUCAUCCAUCCCCCCCGAACACCCCAGCUCAAUCUGAGCUGGGUCUGUGCUCAGCAUGGAAAGGACCAAACGAGCUUCAAACAUUUCCAAAAUAUGAGUUUGGGGGUUUUUUGUUUGUUUUUGAGUCACCCCACUGCACUCCCAAGGGGCUCAAACAGUGGGAACUGUCCCAAAUGGCACACAGCACCAUUAUGGUCACCAUCCCCAGGUGCAGAUGGAUCUCUCACACCGCUUCUCCAAGCAAGAGCUGGCCCUGCUCUACCAGGAGGUGCUUUACACCAUCCGGCACCGUCUGGGCAAACCCCAGCCCCAACAUGUUGCUGACACCCAGGAGCUCUGUGCCUAUGUGCAGAAGGCUUUUGGCAUGGAUGCGGAGGAGCACAGGACCAUCAUGCAGAAGGUCCAGGAGCUGGAGAGCCCAAUUUUUUGUCUGAAAGCAACCGUGAAAGAAGCCAAAGGGAUUUUGGGUAAAGACGUCAGCGGGUUCAGCGACCCGUACUGCCUGCUGGGCAUCGAGUCCAAGAGCCAGGAGCCAGCCCACCCCGACAGCAAGAGGAGGCUGAAGGCUGUGGUCAAGGACCUCGUUCCUGAAGACCAGAUCCAUCGCACCCAAAUCAUCAGCCAGACCCUCAACCCGGUGUGGGAUGAGACGUUUAUCCUGGAAUUUGAAGACAUGGAAACAGCCAGCUUCUACUUGGACAUGUGGGACUCAGACACGGUGGAGUCAGUGCGGCACAAGCUGGGCGAGCUGACGGACCUCCAUGGCCUCAAACGGAUCUUCAAGGAUGCUCGGAAGGACAAAGGGCAGGAUGACUUCCUGGGGAACGUGGUCCUCCGUCUGAAGGACCUGCACUGCUGGGAUGACCGGUGGUACCACCUGGAGCCGCGCACAGAGACGUACCCCAACCGGGGCCAAUGUCACCUGCAGUUCCUGCUGACCCACAAGAAGAGGGCCACCACCUGCAGCCGGAUGCAGCCAAGCUACACCGUGCACCGCCACCUCCUGCAGCAGCUGGUGUCUUAUGAGAUCCUGCAGCACCAGGCCGGCAGCACUGCCUGGGAUGGGGAGCUGAGCCCACAUGCCAGCACUGUGCUGUACCUGCAUGCCACACAAAAGGAUCUCUCUGACUUCCACCAGGUCAUGGCGCAGUGGCUGGCGUACAGCAAGCUGUACCAGAGCCUGGAGUUCAACUGCAGCUGUCUGCUGCACCAGAUCACCAGCAUCGAGUACCAGUGGGUGCAGGAGCGCCUGCGGCCGGAGCAGAAAGCAGAGCUGGCAGAGUCCUUCCAGUCCUUGCUGACCUAUGGGAUGUCCCUCAUCCGGAGGUAUCGCAUCAUCUUCCCCCCCUCUGUCACAAGGUCCACAGAGAGGCUGCAGUCCCUGCUCCGGGUCCUGGUCCAGAUGUGCAAGAUGAAAGCUUUCAGAGAGCUGUGCACACUCAGCCCUGAUCUCCCCAAAAUGGUCUCUGAGGCGCUAAAGUCAGGCACGACGGAGUGGUUCCACAUGAAGAAACUGCACCUCCAGCCCACGGUGACGAGCAUGGAGGAAAAUGGCAAAGCCUUGGCUAAAUUCCUUUUGGAGGUGAUAGGAGAUCUCCAGCAAUGCGACAAAAUCUGGAAUAAAUUCUUCAUCAGCACGUUGAAGCUGAAUCUCUUCUCCAUCACCUACUUGGAGCUGGAGAGGCUGGUUGCAGAGCAUGUCCAGGAGCAGCUGCGUGAGGUCGACACUGGCAUGUCCAAACCCGCAGCUGAAAGCCUUUUCCAGCUCUACCUGAACCUGCAGGAGCUUUACAGGAUGAAGGACUUCCUCCCAACGAGGGAUGGGCCUUUGGCUCUGAGUGAUUUCCACCAGUGGUUCAAGGAAGCUGUGCCUCAGUGGCUGCAGAAGGCCUACAGCAUCGCACUGGAGAGAACACAGAGGGCUGUGCAGAUGGACCAGCUGACGCCCUUCGGGGAGCACAACAAGCACAGCACGUCCACUGUUGACCUGUCCACCUGCUACGUCCAGAUCGUGAAGACCUGGCAGCAGCUCAACUGGCCAGACCCUGAGGAAGCCUUCAUGAUCAUGGUGAAGCUCGUGGAGGAUAUGUGCAAAAUCGCCCUGAUGUAUUGCCGGCUCAUCAAGGAGAGGGCUGAGGCUCUGUCACUGAGCAAGCAGAACGAGGGUGAAGCAGCCAAUAGGCUCUGCAUCGUGGUGAACAACAUCAAGCAGCUGCGACUGCUCAUCCUGAAGCUGCCAUUGCAGCUGGAUUGGGCCCAGCUGGAGCGGCGCAUGGGGGCUGUCAUUGACCAGCAGCAGAUCCAGCACACACUGCACCAUCAGCUCGACAGCACCGUCUGCUGUCUGGACCGUGAGAUUCAGGACGUGGUGCAAGCCCUGGCCACCAAGCUGGAAGCGGGCAUCGCCAGGCACAUUCAAGAGCUGUCAGCCUCCAACAAUGCUCAGGAGCCUGAGGAUUCCAUCCUCCCUCUCAUGAAGUUCCUGGAGUCAGAGCUGCAGUACCUCAACGAACACCUGGUCCAGGAGAACUUCAAAAGCCUCCUUGCUCUGCUCUGGCAUCACACCUUGGCUGUGCUGACAGCGGCUGCAGGCCCACAGGUGCCCUCGGUACAGCACUGCAGGAAGCUGCACUGUGCCCUGAAGAGCCUGGAGCUGUGCUUCCAUGCCGAGGGCUGCGGGCUGCCUCUGGAGACCCUCCACAGCACUGCCUUCCUGUCAUUGGAGAGCCGCCUGGCCCUCUGCUCCUCCACCAGCCGCAAGCUCAUCCAGAAGUACUUCAGCAACAGGAUCCAGGAGCAGCUGGGCAUCAGCUCAGAGAAGUACGGGGCUGUGACCAUCAAAGCGCUGUACCGCCCUUCGGAGCAGAAACUGCGCGUGGAGGUGCUCAAUGCUGCCAACCUCAUCCCAUUGGACUCCAACGGCUCCAGUGACCCCUUCGUGCAGCUCACCCUGGAGCCCCGGCAUGAGUUUCCAGAGGUGGUGGCCCGCAGCACCCAGUGCAAGAGGAAUGAGCUGCACCCCCUCUUCGACGAAGCCUUCGAGUUCCUCAUCCCCUCUGAGAAGUGCCGCCAGGACGGGGCUUGUCUCCUGCUCACUGUCUUCGACUACGACACUCUGGGUUCCAACGACCUGGAGGGAGAAGCUUUCUUCCCACUGUGCCACGUGCCUGGCCUGGAUGCUGAUGAGGACCAGGCUGACAUGGGCUGGGUGCCCCAAACACGCCUCCCCCUCACCCACCCCAAACCUGGCGGAGAUGAGAUCCUGCAGCUGCUGGAGUGCAGGAAGGGGGACAAGGAGGCCCAGGCCUUCGUCAGGCUGCGCAAGCAACGAGCCAAGCAGUCCAAGGAGACAGCAUGAGGGGCAGAGGGGCCUAAAUGCGGGGGUCCAGAGCAGGAUCCCAUGGGAAGAGCAGGCCCUGCCUCCAGCAGUGCCCCCCGUAGGGCUCAAGAGGGUCUUGGGGUGGUUGGGGGUUUCCCUGCAGAUUAACACUAAGUUGCAGCAGCACCACUAUAUGGCUGAGGCAACCUGCCUCCUUGGUUGUUUCUCUUUUUUUAUUUUAAAUUAAAAGCAAGCAGGUGUGCUGGCUCAGCCUUUGUGGCAGGUGGGAGAAGGCCAGGCAGGGUAAUAAAGCAGCACCUGCCACAUUGUCUGCUGGGGCUCUGAGGGGUGAGAGUUUCCCUUUGCAGGGGUCACAGGCUGUAACACACACCGAGGCAGCAAUCAUCCCUGCAGAGCUCCCACCACCCAGCAGUGCUCCAAGCACAGCAGCAAUAAUGGGUACCACACUGAGCUGCGAUUGGGGCUCUGAAACACCAGAACCAGAGGCCACGAGCCCAGCAUCACCCCAAGCCUGUGCUAAGCAGCUGCAUGCUUCUGGCUCCAGAACACCCCUGGGAUGCCCAGGUGUGAGAGCUGCAACACCCAGCAGGCAGCUGGCUGCUAACUGUGUACGUGCUUCUUUUUUUUAGCUGCAAUUAAACUAAUUACAAACCCAGAGCUCCCAUCCAGUCAGCCCCUGCCUAACUCAGAGGGUCCCUGUUUGCAGGGGAAUUAAAAGCAUCACCCUCCUGGCUGCCUCCUCUGCAGGCAAUUGAGGUCAAGCUGUCUAUGGGGGCGGAAACAAAGCUCCUUUGGUGCUGACUGCCAUGGCCAGGCUUGACCGAGGGAUUAAAGCAGCCAUUUGCUUGCUGCAGUCACUUGCUACUGUCCCCAUGUUGGGCAUGUAGGUCUGCAGAGCAGCACAGUGCAGCAGUGGGAUGUGAAGAAAGGUCUCUGCUUGUGGAGGGGAUGCUGUUCCAUGCUGGCACUUCUGCUCGGGGACACGAUGCUGUCACAUUACUAACAGUCUUUAAUAUAAAUGGGGCGAUUCGGAUGACUGCUGUGCUUGUAGAACAAUAAGCAGUGAAUGCAGCCUUAAAUAAAAUCUCAUUCUUGGACACUUGAA